AUGGAGACCAACUUUUUCGGGAUGGUGCGCACCGUGCGAUGCGCCGUGCCCGCGAUGACCGGCCCGUACAAGCGUAUCAUCAACAUCGGGAGCAUCGGCGGACGCAUCGGGCUGCCGUUCCAGUCGAUGUACAGCGCGUCCAAGGCGGCGGUGAUGGUCUGGACGGACGCGUUGCGAAUGGAGACGUGGUCGUCCGGCGUGCGCGUGUCGUUAGUCGAGCCGGGCGAUUUGAAGCCCGGGAUGGUGAACGCCGCCAAGGCGGACGGUUUCGACGACGACGCGAUCGCAUCGCGCGCGUUCGACAUCAUGCGGAAGGAGGAGGCGGAGGGGACGGAUCCGAAGGCGGUGGCGCGCGCGAUCGUCCGAUCGUUGCGAUCGACGACGCCGGCGGGGCGGGUCCUGAUCGGUCCUGAUGCGUGGCUCGUGGAAACGCUGGGGCGGCUCGUCCCGCACGCGUGGAAGGAGUUUUUCCUCGCGUCGCACUACCGCGUCCCGCCGCGGCACGACGCGUGGAUUCGCGUGUGA